AUGCAGCCCACCCCGUCAUCAGCGUUUCCUGUGUGCUCUGUACUAACUUACUGUUUCUCUUCAGUAGAUGAGAUUGGUGUCUCCCUCCUGCACCUGAUCGGGGACCCUCCCCCAGACGAGAUCACAAAGAUCUACGGCCCCGACAACAGCCCCGGCUACGUCUUUGGUCCCGACGCCAACACGGGCCAGCUGGCACGCGCCCAUCUUCCCAGCCCCUUCUACCGGGACUUCUCCCUCCUCUUCAACCUGAAGCCCCAGUCCACCAAGGGCGGUGUCAUCUUUUCGGUCACAGACGCCUCUCAGAAGAUCAUGUACGUGGGCGUCAAGCUGUCGCCAGUCAAGGCGAGCAGGCAGAAUGUCAUCUUCUACUACACAGAGCCCGACUCGCAGGUGUCGUACGUGGCGGCCACCUUCUCCGUGCAUAACCUGGCCGACCAGUGGAACCGCUUCUCCAUCUCCGUGCUGGACGACAAGGUCACCUUCUACAUCAACUGCGACGACCAACCCCAAGUGGUACGCUUCGAGAGGUCCCCAGAUGAGAUGGAGCUGGAGGCCGGAGCCGGGGUGUUCGUGGGCCAAGCCGGAGGGGCCGAUCCCAAUAAGUUCCUGGUAUGUAUCAUGCUAUUACUGGACAUUUUUAUAUCUGAUUUCGGGUCCGUUGUGUUUCAACUUCGUCAAUGCGAAAAUGUAUAAUUCAUCAUUUCCUGGAUUGAAGGAGUUGAAAGGCAAUUUUACCCCAAACCCUGUCUUAUAUUUUACUUAGGGCCCUAUCCUGAAUAGCCUAUGGGAUGAUAAUAAUAGCAUAAGAGUAGGAUCUGUAGUCCGCAAUUCUGUCUCAAACUCAAACUUGAGCAGAAAUCAUAAAUCAGAACGUCCGAGGCAGUCCAAGAUGAAUUCAUAGUUUUGACUUAUGUGCACUUAUCUCAAGCCCUACUAUCCUUAUAACAUUUCCUACUGGAGAAAUAUAUCGGUGUCAUGGGCAAGUGGAAUCGGAAAUCAGACCGGUCAGGGCUGCCCUCCUAGCCAGGCUGAGUCAGACACGUGAAACGGAAACCGUUGUGUCAGGCUAACCCCUUUUAUGAUUUGAUUGCCCUUAAUUGGCCUGCUUUAAAUCAAAACAUAAAAGUGGUCUGACCCCGACCAUUCCCUGUCUCCUCCUGGGAAACACAGAGGUAUAAUUGGUGGACUUCAUGGUAGGGGAUCAAUUAGCUCCAGCUGGCCCUCCCCUCCACCCCCCUGUGUAAGUGCUGCAGCUGACCCUUAUACCGUCGCUCUGCAGCACCCAGCACCCAGCACACAAAGACAGGUGUCCCUGUAAGCAGAGGGCACAAGCAGACAGCUGCUUCUGUGACCAGGACAAUUGCCCUUAUGUUCCGAGCAAAUGCAAGGCUGUGCCCUUUGUUUAGUUUUCGCUGACAUUGUUAUCUGAAGUUGGUAUCUCCUCAUUCAGUAGAUUGUAGGGUAAUACUUUAGCAUAGGGAUCAUGUAGUGGUCACUAAUUGGCAGUUUAAAGUGUGUAUAUAAGUAGCUAGUUAGACCUUUGUGUGCUAUAAGCUAUGUAUCAGGCCUUUAUUCAGUGUUUCAUUUUCUACUUGUGUGAAUAAGGAAACAAUGAAUAUGCUACUUAUUUGCUACUUAUCUUGCAAAUCAGUGGCCUAAUGUCAUCCCUAUACUAAAGUGUUACCAGUUGUACAUUCAAAUCUGUAAAGGUUAAGACCUAACAUUCCGAGAAUGAACCCUGUUUGAAAUUAAUGAAUGAAAUUUAGUACAGUUUAUUUCUGACUAUUUGGCUUGCACUGGGACAAUGUUGCUAGGAUAAAGCAAAAGUUGAGAUUCAACUUAAAUUGAUCCCCCUCCAAGAAAAAGAUUCAAGUCAGUAUCUUAAGCCAGUGUUUCCCAGCUCCAGUCCUUGAGUACCCCCAACCGUACUCAUUUUUAUUGUAGCCCUGGACAAGCACACCUGAUUCGCAAAAAUAUGUGCUGUUGGGGGUACACAACAUGGUAAGCCAUGCAAUCAUAUGAUGUGAGAAUGAGAACAGGUAUAGACACAUACUGAAAGAGAAAGACAUUUGACCUGCCUUUUGACAAAUAACGCAAUAUUGAAUGCCUUUUUUAUUGCUUGACUUACUUACAUAUUUCUGCGAGGAUUCAUUAGUUCCCAGACAGCAUCGUAAUUAUUGUUUUACUUGCUGUCUAUAAAUGUACAGAUGGUCAGAAACCCUGUCUGAUUAAACGAAGAUAAUUGGAUGAUUUAAAACAUGGUCAGACGAAGCAAUGGUAUCUUUAUUCCAAUAAAGUACGAACGGGCGAUACAAAAACCUCAAUUUGAGGGAUAGUCUUUUUGUGCGUAUUGACCCUGAGAUAGACAUAGAAAAAGAUUGACGGACAUGGGUUCAUUUUAUGUCCAUGGCAUGGCCUUUAAAAUAUGGGAAUGUGUGUAGUCCUACCCACUGUUGACUGAUUUUGCUAGGCUUUUUACCAUUUUUUUUGUGAUUUUGCUGGGCACGUCUUCAAGAAAAGUACACCUCAGGGACUCGGAAUACUCAGAGCAGAGUCCCUAAUAGCUCUCAUUUGGGUUCAAGACCGGUCUGUCCUAUCUUGACAAGACCAAAUGAGGGGAUUUAGACAAAAGGGUUUGGCCAAAUGUCAGGGCAUUGUCUCUUUUUUCCUACAAGCUGUGUGGAAGGGAGGUUUUCAUAUUUUUAAAGACAGUUCUUAGAGGCAGCUGAGGCAAACAAUGGUUGUUUACAUAGACCCCAGGCAUUGCUUGAGUUCAGACACUUAUCAUUGCAUUAUCUGUAGACUCAACGCAGGGAGUUGAACCCUUAUGCCUGCACUGAGGUGGUACAGGCCAGUUAGAAUGAAUUACCUUUUGAGAGGAAUGUAACCACUCUUAAGUCAAAUGUUUAAAUAGUCCAUGAGAUUGACAUGAUAGUUUUAACAUAUUUUAAAGCUAUACAUUGUUCAUUUACACAGACUCAAAUGACAACAGAAACAUAAAUAACAGAGUAAUAUCACCUUUUAUUUUGGGUUAUAAUAGGGUAAGAUAGUACCUGCUCCCAGGCCUGGAAGUAACAGUGGUGUCACAUUCGUUUAAGGACGGGUCAGACCAAGGCGCAGCGUGAAAUGCGUACAUGUUUAUUUAAAUAAUAAACACACGACAAAACCACAAACCAACGAAACGUGAAGUCCUAAGGCUACACACAAAACAAGCCUACUCACGGAACAAGAGCCCACAACUAACGAGUGCCAAUAGGCUGCCUAAGUAUGAUCCCCAAUCAGAGACAACGAGCAACAGCUGCCUCUGAUUGGGAACCACACCGGCCAAAAUAGAUCUACACAUACUAGAAUGACAACAUAGAAAACACAACAUAGAACACCACACCCUGACUCAACAUAUAAGAGUCCCCUGAGUCAGGGCGUGACAAUUGGAAAUGAAAAGGCACAUAGGGUAUACAGACUCAGCUUCAUAUUGGAAAACUGUCUAACAAAGUCCUCAUCAAAUAAAUCAAAUAAAUAUCUUUGAUAGCUAUUUAGGGACAUUGAAGGCUCGUGAACACAUUUGUGGACAUUCAUCGAAAGAGAAGCUCUUCAUAACUAUAGCUUUUAUACGUUUAAAACAUGUUAAAAGCAAAUUCUCCUGAAUCACAUGAUUUGGCUUUUUGAUUGACUUCAUAAGAUGCUAUUAAUGCGAGACAUUGAAAGAAGCUCUUGUGGUGGCGAUUUUGAUGGACUGGGACAGUGGAAGAUGAGUGUCAUAUCACAGGCAUCCAUUUCAUUUCUCAACACUUGGGCGGCUGUAAUAAACCCCUCGGCUUCUCCAGCGAGGGGGGCUUUCCCACAACAAACACCACACAGAUCAGGUACACAUGUUUGAAGACACAGGACUUCAGAGGGAAGAUAUAUGUUUGAUUUAUGUUUAGAGCAGGGCCGAAGCGUGUGGGCUUAAUGGGGCAGAAGAAUGCGGACGUGUACAGGCAGAGGACCAGCUGUGCGCAGCAGCACCACAACAUGCCUUGUUUUACGUCACCCCACACACAGACACACACACCAGACAUCAAAAGCCAUGUAUUGACAACUGUGUGUGUGUGUGUGUGUGUGUGUGUGUGUGUGUGUGUGUGUGUGUGUGUGUGUGUGUGUCUGCCUGCGUAUAUGUGCUUGCCUGUGUGUGUUUUCCUUCAUAGGGGGUGAUUGGGGAGCUGAGGGUUGUUGGAGACCCCCGGGCUGCUGAAAGACAGUGUGAGGAGGAAGGGGAUGACUCGGAUGUGGUAAGUGAAUCUUGACCCGCCCACCCAUACAUAAACAAAGGCGCAGCAGCAUAGCGCUUAUACAGUUGGCUUAGCAGGAUAUGGGGAGGCUUAAACUUAGAGGGAACUUGGGGUGCGUUCACUAGGAACCAAACAGAAGCAAAGGGGCUGAAAUCGGGAGGGACCUACCUGAAGAAACACUAGUUCUUCAUUGCAAAACGUUUUGCUACAGUUUGCACUAAUGAAUACAACCCUGGUCUCUCUCCGCCCAGGCUUCAGGGGACGGCGGAAGUGGCGACGUGGAAGGGAAACUGGACGGGAAGAAGAACGGCCCGGUAUGAUCGUUUGACUAACAUUUUAGUGUUAAAAUGUUGUUGCCAUCCACAUACAAGCGCGUUCAGUCUAUCUAAGCAUUUUUCCCUUUCGGAUCUACACUCUUGGGGACCAUGAUCUAAAACCAGGUUAUCCGCGACGUUUCAAAGGUCACAGAGUUUGAGCAGCAAGGCUUGGCUAUGUACUGGUUGUAGGAAGUUUGGUAAUGUCGCCACAUGAUGGGUUUUUACUACACUGAACAAAAAUACAAACGCAACAUGUAAAAUGUUGGUCCCAUGUUUCAUGAGCUGAAAUAAAAGAUCCCCGAAAUUUUCCAUACGUACAAAAAGCAUAUUUAUCUCAAAUUUUGUGCACAAAUUUGUUUACAUCCCUGUUAGUGAGCAUUUCUCCGUUGCCAAGAUAAUCCAUCCACCUGACAGGUGUGGCGUAUCAAGAAGCUGACUGCAGGAAUGUCCACCAGAGCUGCUGCCAGAGAAUGUAAUGUUAAUUUCUCUACCGUAAGCCGCCUCCAGCGUCCUUUUAGAGAAUUUGGCAGUACGUCCAACCGGCCUCACAACCGCAGACCACGUGCAUUGCGUCGUGUGGGCAAGCGGUUUGCUGAUGUCAACGUUGUGAACAGAGUGCCCCAUGGUGCGGUGAGGUUAUGAUAUGGGCAGGCAUAAGCAAGGGACAACGGACACAAUUGCAUUUUAUCAAUAGCAAUUUGAAUGCACAGAGAUACUGUGACGAGAUCCUGAGGCCCAUUGUCGUGCCAUUCAUCCGCUGCCAUCACCUCAUGUUUCAGCAUGAUAAUGCACGGCCCCAUUUCGCAAGGAUCUGUACACAAUUCCUGGAAGCUGAAAAUGGCCCAGUUCUUCCAUGGCCUGCAUACUCACCAGACAUGUCACCCAUUGAGCAUGUUUUAGAUGCUGUGGAUCGAUGUGUACGACAGCGUGUUCAGUUCCUGUCAAUAUCCAGCAAUUUCGCACAGCCAUUGAAGAGGAGUGGGACAACAUUCCACAGGUCACAAUCAACAGCCUGAUCAACUCUAUGCAAAGGAGAUGUGUCCUGCAUGAGGCAAAUGAUGGUCACACCAGAUACUGACUAGUUUUCUGAUCCACGUCCCUACUUUUUUUAAAGGUAUCUGUGACCAACAGAUGCGUAUCUGUAUUCCCAGUCGUGAAAUCCAUAUAUUACGGCCUAAAUCAUUUAUUUCAAUUGACUGAUUUCCUUAUAACUCAGUAAAAUCUUUUAAAUUGUUGCAUGUUGCGUUUAUAUUUUUGCGCAUAGCUGUUGUAGUGCCUCAUUUGUAUGAAAAUAGUUUUUGAAUAAUAGUCACAUAAUGAAUGUGAUGGAUCUCUCUCUUCCUCCCUCUUUCUCCCACCUCUAAAAUGGGACGAGGAGGUACAAAAAUAUGUGUGGGUUGAGGACGGUAGACCGACAGUUACGGUACGUGCCCUGAAAUCCAUUUAUCUGUAUAUGUUGGCGUUCACCCACAAGCAUGUGAAUUUUCACCUUUUGAUGUGUCAGGACUUUACUCUCUUCUCGUGAGCGACGGACACAUGGGUUGCACCCCAAAUGGCACCUUAUUCAUUAUUUAGUAGGGAUGUAGGGAACUCUGUAAAACUAUGUAGGGAACCCUAUUCUAAUGGCACCCUAUUCACUACUAUAGUGCACUAUGUAUUUCAAACUGUGGGGAGGGGGUGGGUAGUGGGGAAUGUAUAUGGCCGGUUUGGCUGUGGGUUAUCACCUGGACGAUGUCCUAAACUAACACGAGCAUCAUCCCUGCCACCAACAUACAAACACACCCACACACUACUCCCACAGACCUGGGCAAUGCAUUGUAUUCGAUUACUUUACCCUCUACAACUAGCAAAUGUUGCAGCACAACCUCCAGCCUCCAUACAACGCCACAGUCGGGGCACGCCGGUCCAAUUACAGUGGAAGACUAGGUAGAAAACCAGAUGUGUCUGAUCCAGCUCAGGGCGAUGAUAUCUCAAAGGUUCUGUUUUGUUAUUUUGACUGGUUUCUCAAUCAGACUUAAAAGUUGUUAGAACAGGAAUAUGGAGGUAACGGAAAGAGAUGGCGGGAAAAGCUGUGCCUGAAGCGGAGGUCUAAUACUCUGUCUUCGGCCUGCCACACCUUGUAGGUUCCACAGGGCUCCAGGUGCACGGGCUGACUUUGAAGCCUUGUGCCACUUCACACAGGCUUUCCAUCCACCCAACGUGUUUAUUAGCAUCGUAUGGAGCAGCUGUUACCCAACAUCCCGUUGACUUUGACCAGAUUGUCUGAGCUUGAGCCUAUCUGACUCCCGCUCAAGCUCGGACAAUGGUGCACUAAGGGCAGGAAUUCAAUAAAGUCCGCACUGCAGAUGUACGACAACAUUGUUCCUGCUCCAUUAAAGGGCUUGUUGUAACUGUGCAGGAUGUGAUCUUGACAUACAUGUUUACUACAGUGCAGAUUGUAUUAAAGCAGCCACUCAAACACUUAGAAGUGUUGAAAGUUAAAUCAUUUUUGGUAUGAUGAGUUACCUACCGUCAAGCUUAAGAAAACUUGCAAACUCCCAUUACACAGUUGUCUGGGUGAAAGUGCGUAUAGUUUAAUAUUGUGUGAGAUUUUUUUAUUUUAAGACUCAGCUCGUGACAGUGAAGUAAACAGACAUCUUAUUUCAUUACAUUUCUCACACAAUUGUGUCUCGAAUCUCAUGUAGAGUCCGGGAUUAGGCGUGUGUGUAUUUGGUGUGUGAAUAUGGUCCUUGUGCCAGCUUUAUCUUGUUGCAUUAGCUUUGUGAACUAAAUAGUUUAGUUCAGAGAACAUAUAGCAGACAAGUUUCAAUCUGCAUCGGGCAAAAUUGGGCUUGUGCCUUCUAUGUGUAACACCCUGGCUCUGGGACUCUAUAUGUUGAGCCAGGGUGUGUUCUUUCAUUGUGGUGUAUUUCUAUGUUGGGAGGUCUAGGUUGUUUAUUUCUAUGUUGGCCUGAGUGACUCCCAAUCAGAGGCAACGAGUGUCAGCUGUGGCUGGUUGUCUCUGAUUGGGAGCCAUAUUUAAACUGUCUGUUUUUCCCUUUGUGUUUGUGGUUUCUUGUUCCGUGUUGGUCUAUGUUACCUAGGACGUUACGAGUCGUUUGUUGUUUUGUUGAUUGUCCGUAUUUAUCACUAAAGAUAAAUAAACAUGUUCGUUAAUCACGCUGCGCCUUGGUCCUCCUCUCUUAACGACGAUCGUGACAGAAGAACCCACCAUACAAGGACCAAGCAGCGUGUCCAGGAGCAGGCAGACUGGACAUGGGAGGAAGCGCCGGGUAAGGAGAUGGAGAGGCUGGCGAUGGCCCAGGUGGGCAAAUCGUGGUCCUGGGAGGACAUGCUCGGGGGCAAAGGGCCAUGGGCUAGGAUUAAGGCCCUGGCGAGAGAGGAGCAGCGGCGUCAGCAGUGUCAUCGUCGGACGGACGAGAGGCAACCCCAAAAAAAUUUUAGGGGGGGGGGCACACGGCAUGGGCGGCUGGGCAGCUGGAGGCUGCCACAGGGCGAUUUGGAGAGGAGGCCACCGGGUUUUGGGGGCCAGAAGGCAGGUUGGCGGAGCCUGGAUGGAGAGCAGAGCCAACUCCCCGUACUCAGGCAUGGCAGCAUGAGACUGGGCAGGUUCCGCGGUAUGCGGAGCUGCGCACUGUGCCACGAGUGGUCCGGCAUAGUCCGGUACGUCCUGUGCGAGCACCCCGCACGUGUUGUGCGAAGGUGGGCAUGCAGCCAGGACGGAGUGUGCCGGCUCAGCGCUCGUGGCCUCCAGUGCCUCUCCUCGGUCCCGGAUAUCCUGCGCCAGUGUCACGUGCUGUUAUGCCAGUACGGGUACACAGCCCUGUACGUCCUGUGCUGAUGCCUCACACAGAGUGUGUAAAGGUAGGCAUUCAGCCAGGACAGGUUGUGGCAGCUCUUCACUCCAGGUCUCCUAUCCGUCUCCACAGCCCGGUCCGGCCUGUCCCUGCUCCACGCACCAAGCCUACGGUGUGCGUCGCCAGCCCGGUCCGGCCUGUCCCUGCUCCACGCACUAAGCCUACAGUGUGCGUCGCCAGCCCGGUCCGGCCUGUCCCUGCUCCACGCACCAAGCCUACGGUGUGCGUCACCAGCCCGGUCCGGCCUGUCCCUGCUCCACGCACCAAGCCUACGGGGUGCGUCGCCAGCCCGGUCCGGCCUGUCCCUGCUCCACGCACCAAGCCUACGGUGUGCGUCGCCAGCCCGGUCUGGCCUGUCCCUGCUCCACGCACCAAGCCUACGGGGUGCGUCGCCAGCCCGGUCCGGCCUGUCCCUGCUCCACGCACCAAGCCUACGGUGUGCGUCGCCAGCCCGGUCCGGCCUGUACCUGCUCCUCGCACCAAGCCUACGGGGUGCGUCGCCAGCCCGGUCCGGCCUGUCCCUGCUCCUCGCACCAAGCCAUCACGCUGCGCCUUGGUCCUCCUCUCUUAACGACGAUCGUGACACUAUGGUUAAAUUAAUUUGUGUUUUUCAAAUCCAUCACCACCCAGUGCCUCGUCUGUCCCCACCCUCUUCACUCCCACCUCUCAGAAAUGAUGAGCGCAUGGGAGUAUACGUGCAGGUCUGUUUUAUUACAUAUAUCCCAUUGGAUCUGUCAUAUAACACUCACUGAGUCAAAUUCUUCACAUAGCCAACUUCAGGCCCUACAAUAGGAAGAAUGUUUGCCCACAGAGGAAACUGGUUAAUUUUGUGAAGAAUUCCAUACUUUUUCUUUCACAUUGCCCCCCUCCAUUCAUCUAUCCAUUCAUCUCUCCCACCCAGUACUCCCCUCUCAGAUUCCACAGGUGACAAUAUGAGGCGUGUCACCUGGUGAAGAAUGAGCUUAGAAAACACGGGUGUUAGGUUUUAUCUUCCUCUCCCUGAGGGGGGUGAGUCUGGAAAUGGCCUCUCCUCUUCCCCCCUGCAGAUUCUCCCAUCUCUAG